CCUGGAGAGGGCAAGCAUCUGACGUUUUCUACGCCAGUGGCCGCUAUGAUGGUAGACGGGAGUCCUCGCCGGGCCAGUGGUGUACAGGUCGAAGUUGUGUCGAAGUGUAACGAAAAUCUUGUGGAGAGUCUAAAACCUAGUGGAUCUCAAGAGGCAGCUGAAGGUCGAAAAACGACAGCUUCGCCUAAAGAAGGCAGUAAUACCAGGAAUGUGACCAGUAGAUCCAGGUGGCUAAAGCUCAGGACCACCGUCCAACUGAGCGGAGCUAUUACUCACAGCCAGAAGAAGCCUCCAUUGAAACGAGAAGAUUCAUUUUUGAAACGAUUCUCAACUCGCCAGUUCCCCGAUUCGGUUUCUGGCGAUGGCAGCGCCUCCUACAAUUAUGAUACUCAGUUUGAACGCUGGAAAGGCUUACAGUGCCUCAGGGUGCUAUUACACGUAAUUAAUCCGGAUGAAAAUUUAUUAUUCGGUUGGCUCUGGUUGCUAACUGGUUGUGUGUUGUAUAACGCGUGGACACUAAUAGUUCGUCAGGCGUUUCCGGAGUUACACCAAGCAGCGGCUUCUUUUUGGUUCACAGCGGACGGGUUUUCCGAUCUAGUUUACCUCAUCGACAUUGCGGUACAAUUUAGGACUGGUUACUUGGAACAAGGUUUAAUGGUCGUAGAUGCCAAGAAAUUAGCAUUGCACUACGUGCGUUGCCGUCAUUUCCUCAUGGAUCUAGCGGCUCUGGUUCCUUUGGACCUCUUGCAGCUCCACGUGGGCACGAUACCACUAUUGAGGUUUCCAAGGUUCAGCAAAGUGUACAGAUCUUACAGAUUCUAUUAUAUGGUCGAGUCGAGAACUAUUUACCCGAACCUGUGGCGUGUAGUGAAUCUAAUUCAUAUCCUGCUCCUGUUAGCGCACUGGUUUGGUUGUUUUUAUUACAUGUUGUCCGAGUUCGAAGGAUUUCAGGGAGAAUGGGUUUACCCUAAACCGGAAGGGGAUUAUGCAACUUUGACCCGGAAGUACCUGGGCUCUGUCUACUGGUCAACAUUAACCCUUACAACAAUAGGAGACUUAGCAACACCUGCGUCAAAUCUCCAUUACACCUUUAUUAAUCUCGGCAUGGUGUUUAGUGUGUUACUACUAGUUACACCUUCUUUAAUAUCGGCAUGGUGUUUA